CUCAUCAAAGAUUGCAAUGAAAAUGUCCAGCGCAUGAAGAGCACUGAAGAGCUGAUCUACCUCAGCCAGAAGAUUGAAUUUGAGUGCAAGAUAUUCCCACUCAUCUCACAGUCAAGGAGACUUGUGAAGUGUGGUGAGUUGACAGCACUGGACUUCAACACUCUAAGUCCAAAAUGGAAAGUCACCACCCGUCCCAUCUACCUACAUCUUUUCAAUGACUGUCUGCUCCUGUCUCGGCCGAAGGAAGGUGGACGUUUUGUUGUAUUUGAUCAUGCCAGUUUCUCAGAUGUGCGUGGGGAGAAGUGCGAGAUGAAACUCCAUGGAACAAACAAAAAUGUUUUCCGUCUCUUUCUACUUCAGAAUUACCAGGGAAAGCGAGUGGAGUUUUUGUUCCGUACAGAGACACACAGUGAGAAGCUACGGUGGAUCUCUGCUUUGGCUCCUCCACGAGGAGAACUGGACCUCCUGGAAUGCCCUGAUGCACCACAGGUUCAAUGCAUAAAGACUUACAAGGCUCGGGAAAAUGAUGAGCUGGCUUUGGAGAAAGCGGAUAUCGUCAUGGUUAUGCAGUACAGCAAUGAUGGAUGGAUGGAAGGAGUAAAACUUUCAGACCGGGAGAGAGGCUGGUUCCCCUCAGAACAUGUGGAACUCAUCUCCAGCAAACAUGCGCGGCAGAAGAACCUGAAGGAGGAACAACGUGUGAAAAAUGCCAAGCAGCAGGUCUUCUGCAAAAAAUAAGACUCUACUUUGUUUGGACCUGUACAGUCUCCCCACCAUGGGGAAAACAUCUUUUUUCUAUUGUGCCUCAGAAGAAAUGCCUCUGCCAAGAGCAUAAUACA